ACCGUCUCCAGCGCUUUCUCACUAACCACCGCAAAUUCGUGUAGUUCUCCGUUUGGAAAUGACUAUACACUUUACCAGACGUCAUCCGAUUGCCCCACUGAGCAUACGCAUACGCAACGUCCAAUGUUUCUCUCCAAGCUCCCUGCAGCAGUUGAUGGUUUGACGGGGAUGUAUCCAAGGAUGGGCGUACAUGCGCACCCUUACGAGUCUUGGUUCAAGCCAGUGUCUGAGGUUAAUAACGUUACCAGCGGCACGUCAUCUUGGUGGGACAUGGGCACCGGCUGGGUGGAUACGCAGAGUCCAAACGGGCUGCCCUCUCCACUUAGCAGCUAUUCCGACUACGCACCUUUGCCUCACAGCCACCCCGCCUUCAGUCCCGGGCCCUCCCAGCACCUGUUACCCGCGUCCCAGCAUCUCCUGGACAGCUUCAGGCCGGCGCUCUCUGCCUCCUAUACAGACUCCUGCCCCGGAGCAUCGGUGCUCAGCGGAGUCCCGGCAGUCUCUCUUUCGAGCUCUCCCCGGUCAUCAUCCCGGCGCUAUACCGGCAGAGCCACGUGUGAUUGCCCGAACUGCCAGGAGGCUGAGAGAUUGGGACCUGGGGGCACGAGCCCGCGGCGAAGAGGCUUGCACAGUUGCCACAUACCGGGCUGUGGAAAAGUGUAUGGUAAGACCUCACACCUGAAGGCACACUUGCGCUGGCACACCGGGGAGAGGCCGUUCGUCUGUAACUGGCUCUUCUGUGGGAAACGCUUCACGCGCUCAGAUGAGCUCCAGCGGCACCUACGCACGCAUACCGGAGAGAAGCGGUUUGCUUGUACGGUCUGCAAUAAGCGCUUCAUGCGCUCUGAUCACCUUAACAAGCAUGUGAGGACGCACACUGCGGACGGGUCAGAGGAAGGGACACCGGGAGAACCGGGUGCCGGUAAGAGAAGCAGCGACACAGACAGCGAGCAUUGCAGCGUCUCAGGGAGCCCGAGCCAGUCCCCCGAUCUGUUGCACGCACCGGAGACGGUCCAAUCAGUGAACGGACACAACUUACUGGACUAGACGGUUAAAAAUGUUCCACGAAGCAUAACGCCAUCUGCUACACGGAGUGUCUGCACCUGAAAACGUUUAUUCUAAAGCGAGAGGCGUAAAACCAACUGCUCCUAAUCACGAGUCCUAAAACAAACUAUCACACGGUUUGGGCUCUAGUUUAAGGGGCAUUCUACCAAGAUCAAUUUGUUUUAUGUCGUUGUUUGCGUUUCAGUAGGCAUCUGAAAAUAUUUACAUGUUUACAGUCGAUACGGGGUUUCUUGGAUAUUAUUCAAAAACGGAUGUGGCACUUUAUUCUUGAACUUUGUUUGUGGAUGAAAGUUGUCUCCUUAUACCUCACCAGCCAUAAUUGGUUUUAUUUGUAAUAUUUCAUUAUGACUGCAGUUUACACUUUAUACCUCUCAGUCAAUUUAUGGAUGUGUAAUUUCACAAAGCAGACUGCCAUAACGUCAAACUAAGUAGGCGAAAUGUUAAGGACUCAGCGUGUUGCUUUCUUCGGUUUAAAUUUUCAUCAUCAACCAUUCGAUGGAGAACAAAACUCAAAUUAUGCCUAUUUUUAUUAACUAUAAGUUGGACUUGUAUUUUGAGGUCUGUGAGUCGCACUUUGAAUUCAUAUUUAAGGUUUUAAGGAGGUCUGUUUGAUUAUUGCGUUUUAAUUUAACUGACCAUGUAUCUGUUGGUUUUUGAGUCCAAUAAAGACUUAGGGUUUUGAUCAAUCAAGUAUAUGUUUGUUGAAUGAAACCAUUUGACUUUGAGGAUAGCCUCAUUAAA